GCCAUGGACGCCGCGCGCGCGGAGGCGGAACGCGAGCGAAGCAAAGCGGACGCGAUCCUCACCGCGUGCGAGCUCGGCGCGGAGGACGACGUCCGAUCGCUCCUCGCCGCGGGCGCGACGUUCGCGUGCCGCGACAAGGCUGGCCGAACGCCGUUGACGUUCGCGGCGUCGAACGGGCACGUCCGCGUCGUCGAGAUGCUCCUGGCGCACGGCGUCGACGCGGACGAGGACGACGAGCUCGGCCGCACGCCGUUACACUUCGCGGCGAUGCACGACCGCGCGGACGUCGUGGAGAUCCUC